AAGUCCCAGUUUUAAUCUGGACUAAUGUACUCUUUUGGGAUUUCGUACACUAAGACAACCCUUAUAUAUGAUUAUUUAAACAUAAUUUGCCCAAAGUAUUGUGACAACAACACCUCUGUUAAACCCACGAAUGGGACUAUCUUUAACUUCCGGGUUAUGGAGCAAUGACAUUGUGCCAAACAGAAGAAGUCAGGUCGCCGAGUAGCUUACAUAUUGUUACUGUCGCUUUGAAAGCUUAAAUUAGCACCUACAUAGUCAACAUGUCCUCCGCCACCACAGGCUUCACAGAGGAGCGACAGCACAUGGGAGCACAGUCGCCAGUGGGCGUGGAGUACGUCCCCACGGAAGAAGAGAAGAGGGUGUUCAGAGAGUGCAACCAGGAGAGCUUUUGGUACAGGUCGGUGCCCUUCUCUUUGGUGGGCGUGGCUAUCACUCAAGCCCUGGUUGCCAAAGGAACUCUGGCUGCAUCUCCAAGGUUUGGAUCUCUGCCCAAAGUGGCCUUCGCUGGCUUCUGUGGCUACCUGGCGGGGAAAAUGUCGUACAUGAAGACGUGCCAGGAGAAGUUCAAGAGGCUGGAGCACUCUCCUCUGGGAGACGCCCUCAGACAGAGGACAGGACUCCCCCCUCCCCGUUCCAAGGGUCCCCCGUCAGAGAUGAGUGAUCCAGACAACCCAACAUUUGACAUCAUGUUCCAGCAAGCAGAAGAGCCCAGACAGACGCCCCCCAACACCAGAGAUAAUGAAUACGGCUACAACACAGAGUCACCCAUGCCAAUGGGCAAAGCAGAUGACUUCAACGCUACAGCGGACGACGAGGAGCCCAGGAAGAAGGCCACCCUCUAUGAGAACCUGAGGCUCAAGAACCGAGAGAACUACGAGGUCACGCUCACUCAGAAGGCUGAGACGCUGCUCAAAACGUCGCCCGAGAAGGAGCCAGGGAGAUACAGGCAAGACGUGAAGAAAAACGCCUAUGGAGACUCCUGGGAGGACUGAGUGCCUAUUUGAAAUGAUCAUGCGGGUCUGUACACUGGCAUCCAGCAGUACAGUAGGCAGCCCAGUGGCCAUUUUGCUCCAGUGGGACUCAAGAGUUAUGAAGUUGUAUGAGUCUGUGAUACAUGUGUUUGCAAAAGAGUCAAUUAAACCGAAUUACAUGAGGAUUAAAACAGUUUCUCUCUCUGUGCUUUGAUUUUGAUCAGAAUGUAUUGUGUAUCUUUGUCCAUCUUCUAACACAAAAUUUUAACAAAAGGAAAAAUAAGCCAUAUUUUCAGCUUCAAUGCUCGUAAGAGUGCUGCUUGGGUGUCAUUUACUUUUAUAGUGUAAGAACACAAAACUGAUUACAUACACAGGGGAUUUUUCAAUGUGGGAGAUGUAAAUUCAAGACCUGUUGACAAGGUCUUUGAUCUAUUUUUUGUGAGAGAAACAGUCAGUAUUUGUAUGUUUUAAUUCAUGUCUGGAGGGGGGUCUUUAAAUAAAUCCAAAUACUUUGUUA